UUCUUCUUCUCACUAAAGCUUUCUCCUUUGUUGCAGGUUUAAUCAAGAACUCAAUCUCAACACUCCCUCUUGAGUUCUUCGAUUAAAUCCCCAAUUUCAAUUUUAGGGCUUUCAAUCCCACGGCUUCUUCUUCUUCGAUAGACCGCCUCUCUUCUCUUCUUCGGCGAGCAUCUCCUUCUUGCUUCUAUUCCUUUUAAUAGAGCUUCUUUCUCUAUCGUGGUGCUAAGCUUCUCCAACGGCAGCUAGAGGUCACAACUCUCACCGAUCACCAGUCACCGUCACGGUGAAAGUCUCCUUCGCCGUCUUCAACCACCACAUCCGAAUCACUUCAACUCUUUGCCAUGAGCCUUCCAUGUCUCCUCCAAGUUUUUUUCAUCGUGAGAUCUUCUCACGUUUUCUUGCUCGGCUGCCAUUGCAACCGGCUUCAGCUCCCACUGUGGUUUUGAUCCACUCAGAUUUUAACCCUAGUCACGGAUUGGAGCUUCUCAACACCAUUGCCGCCACCUUAGUUGCUUCCUCUUUGACGCAAGGCUUCAUUGCCUACAUUUCAUCUCGGAGGCUGCAACCAAGCUUGCAUUGGUGCCUUCUUUCUUGUUCUGCUUCAGCCACAGAAUUCUCCCUCUUGGUUUGGCACUUCACAGUUUCUGUUAAGAUGGCUGCAGCAUCUCUUCAUUUGCCUAUGAGCUCAGGUCCGCUCAAGGCCCCACUCUCUUCAUUCAGCUCACCUCUCAGUGAUGAACUGCACCUCUUCUUGUUCUUCUUCUCUCAAGUCCGGAUCCUCUUGGUCUCUUUCUCACCAAGCUUCUCAGGCUCCAAGGAUAACUAUAGCUCUGAUACCAUGUUGACAUUCUCACAUUCUCUCUAUUUCUCACACUCAUUUACGGUUUCAUUGUCUUUAGAGAGAAAGAACAAAAACCAUUACUCUUUAAUUGUCUACAUUGUAUUAAUGGAUCACAAGGAUACUUUUCUUACAAGACACACACACAUACAUAUAGUGGUUCUUUCUCCACUUGCUACACUACACUCACUUAGAUUCGAGACCAUACUUCUAUGCAUCAUUACCCUAAGACUAGAACCAAACUUACAAGCAAGGAACGACUACACCUUACACAACAACAACUCCACUCUACUUUAGCUAAAGCCAUAAGCAAACUCCAACAACUAUUAGUUGGACAAGCUAACAACAACACUAACACAUGUUUGGGCCUAACUAAAUAAUUAGCCCAAUCCC